CUUGGCCUAGAAGGUAGAGAGAGGGUAUACGCACAAUGCAGUUCGUUUCGCUAGCCACAGUCGCUAUUCGAUGGCCGGGCGCGUAGGUUCAAGACCACAGUCGUCGUGAGUCAGUGUUACAGAAAGUUAAAACUUCAGCCGUGAAAAAAAAAAAACUACGGACAAGAACUGUUACACUGCUCCCAUCAAAAUGGCUGAAGAUUCUGCAAUAGUCGUCAGAGACGCUUGCAAAUAUUACGGAACCGAAAAGAAUAAGAAGAUAGUUCUGGACUCCCUCAACAUGACUGUUCCAAGGGGAAGCAUUUACGGCCUGCUGGGUGCCAGUGGCUGUGGGAAGACGACGUUGCUCAGUUGCAUUGUGGGGCGCAAACAUUUCAACUCCGGCGACGUCUGGGUCCUGGGAGGCAAGCCAGGAACCAAGGGCAGUGGCGUACCUGGCCCCAGGAUUGGAUAUAUGCCUCAGGACGUGGCUCUAGUUGGGGAAUUCACAGUGAAAGGAGCUGUGAAUUACUUUGGCUGGAUAUUCGGCAUGAGCGACAGACAGAUUGCCAAGCGGUUCACGUUCCUGGAUAACUUGCUGGAACUACCACCAGAGGACCGUUUCAUCAAGAAUCUAAGUGGAGGUCAAAAGAGGCGAGUCUCGUUUGCUGUAGCAUUGGUGCAUAACCCGGAGCUACUCAUACUGGAUGAGCCAACAGUUGGACUUGAUCCAAUCUUACGAUCUAGCAUCUGGAAGCAUCUUGUGCAACUCACUGCAGACAACAAAGUGACAGUUAUAAUUACAACCCAUUACAUAGAAGAGGCGAAACAGGCUGAUAUGAUAGGUUUACUGAGGGGUGGUAAGCUGCUAGCAGAGAGCCCACCACGACAACUCAUGUCUGCGUACAACACGUCAAGCUUGGAGGAAGUGUUUCUUGCCCUCAGUAUAAAACAAGAUGGAGCAGGGACUGAGAUUCAUCCCACGCACGCAGACUCUCUGCUGGACAGUACCAUGGAUCAAGAGAAAAGAGUUCAAACACAACCUCACACCACUUUCAAAUCCAAAGAAAAAAGAAGGAAUAAGUUCCAAACUUCUGCUUCAGGCCGAAUGCGAGCCUUACUCAUCAAGAAUUUUAAUAAGAUUACUCGUCAUUUAGGGGGGAUGUUCUUCAUCUUUGGAUUCCCCAUACUAGAAGUACUUGUUUUCUUCCUUGCAAUUGGUGGAGAUCCUAAAGGACUCAGGGUGGCAGUAGUGGAUGAAGAAUUAGGAAACUUUACUGACUGCAAGGAAUACAGUCUUUUCAACCCCACUGAACCCAUACUCCACAGAGAUGAAACAUGUGACUACCGUGGCCUCAGCUGCAACUAUCUUAACCGCAUCAACGAAACGAAGGUAUAUUAUAAUGACAAAGAAACUGCCAUGGAGUCUGUGAAGAAGGGACUUACGACUGGAAUGCUGCAUUUCCAUAGUAACUUCAGCAAGGAACUGCAGUUACGUAUCGAUAAGGGAAGGAGUGCGUCAAAUGCAACGAUUGAAGACAGCGAGUUAGCGGUGCACCUUGACAUGUCAAAUCGUCAGAUUGCACUAUUUUUGGAAAGAAAUCUAUUCCAAGCCUACCUCGAUCUAGCACGUGAUGUCAUGCUAGCAUGCAACCAAAGUGUAAAACUGGCAGAUAUUCCAAUGCAGUUCAACGAUCCAGUGUUCGGUAUGAAUAAUGAGAACUACGCAGUGUUCAUGACACCUGGUCUUAUAAUGUCGAUGAUAUACUUCCUUGCUACCAGCCUGACAUCGGCUAUACUCGUUGCAGAGCGAAAUGAAGGAGUGUGGGAUCGUAGCAUUGUCGCUGGUGUCACAGCAACCGAAAUAUUGAUAUCACACAUCAUUUCACAGAUGGUUUGCAUGUUGCUGCAAACUGCUAUAGUAUUGAUAUUGGUCUUCUUGGCAUUUCAUGUGCCAUGUGAAGGAAGUAUGGCUACUGUAAUAGGACUUGUCGCUCUUCAAGGGUUCUGCGGCAUGUGUUUCGGUUUCCUGGUUUCGGCAUUAUGCGACAACUUAACGACGGCCAAUUACUUGGCUCUUGGCAGCUUCUAUCCCUACAUAUUUUUAUGUGGAAUGUUGUGGCCCCUUGAAGGUAUGCCAGCUUUCCUGCGAACAUUCGCCCUGUGUCUUCCAGGCACGAUCCCCAUUGUGUCAAUGCACGAUAUCCUGAGAAGAGGGAAAGGCAUAUUAGAAUCUCAAGUGUACAUUGGGUUCCUGAUAACCAUAGCUUGGAUUUUCAUCGAGUGUGGAGCGUGUGUCGCCAUACUAAAGUUUAAAAGCAAGAGAACUUGAAUUUCUAUGAAUUGUAUGAGAGUUUUUUUAUAUAGACUGUUAACGAAGUACUUUAGAGAUACUUGUAACUAGAAAUUAAGUUUACAUUCACUAGCUGAAAGCAAAACAAAGUUCAAAAUGUUAUCUAAAAUGCAUUUGGAAAAUAAAACAUUACACCUCCAAAUA